GUGAGAGAGACAUCCAUCGCUUGCCUCCCCGGAAUACCCCAACCGGGGAGGAAGCCAGGACCUAGCUGUGUGCCCUGACGGGAGGGAGCCCAGAACUUUUUGGUGUGAGGGAGGAAGCGCCAACCAACCUAGCCACGGGGCCAGGCAGAGUACUUUUGUUUGGGAAUGAAACGAUAGUAGUGGACCUGGAGAAGGGCACACGAAUUGGAAUUAUAACUUGAAAAGUGAAAGGCAGUCUAGGUCAGACCUAGUUUUUAUUUUCUUUGCACACUCUAGAAUCCAAGAAACUUAGUAUACUUUUCAUGCAACCUUAAGUAACAAAGUAACAGAGCUUUGCGCAGCAGUGUCAUAUGAAAUAAACAGAAUAGCACGUACUUUUAUUGUAAAUUUAAUAUAAAUAAAGGUAGUAUAUAAAUUUUAUAUUAAGUCAUUAGUAAUUAUGUAGUAGUUUCUUGCUGUUCCAGGACCAAAGAAGUAAACAUUGUGGAGAGAUACUGACAUGAUUGAAGAGAAAUGGGAACGGGUACAACAAUGAAAGAGUAACAUCUUAUUUAUAGAAAACUGGCUGCUCUUGUGCAGAGGAGAUUCAUAUGUUCAACCUUAGCUGGGGUUUGUCAGAUUCCUUGGAUUUAAAAAAACCUGACUUUUAAUAUACUUCUACUACAUCAAAUCAACAAUGAAUUGGAAUGCAAAACCAGAGACUGUCACCUUACCACCGUUGUAUCCUAAAAACCAGUCAUCUUUUUUGGAGCCGAGUUUAAUAAACACACCAUCUCAAGGUUCUUUAAACUCUCCUGGGAGUAACCAGCCUGCAUGCAUGUUUCUCAGUAAUUCAAAUGCAGUUUCACAGCCACUGCUCAACAUCAGAAAUUAUAAAACUACUCAACAAAUCUCCUUAUCUGAUAUGUCUAGUAGGACAGUUUUUGCCUCACAAGCUUCAGUAGAAAGAAUAACAUCUGCAAAUGUGAAAGGACCCAAGCAACUAAAUCACAGUUUGCAAAUGUCUUCAGGAAUUGCACAAAAUGUGUGGUCAAAGUCACCAGUGAGGAAUUCUGUGUUUUCUCAUACUGGGCCAACUGUAUCUCAGCAGACUGGUUUUAGAACUAAUAUACCCAAUGUAAAUGCACUACAAAAUCAAUUUGUAACAUCAGAAACCUAUUUUAUGCAAGGACAGAUGGUCCCUUCUAAUUCUGUAAGAGUUCCUAUAACUUAUCAAGGAAACCAGAGACUUACCUCAUCUUUAUCAGAGCGACAAGGUGACUGGGCACAACAGUAUACACCCAAUGGAGUGACUUAUCCAGAUUAUAGACCACUUCCAGAGCAAUAUAGUUACCCAUCACAAAGCUUUUUGCAAUGUCCUACUCUUCAGAAACAAAAUCCUAUGCCACUUACAUCAUUACGAGUUAAAAAUAGUCAUCCUCCAAAUUCUUCACUGACUUUACGGUCAAAGCAGACCGCACUUGUACCGUCCUAUCAAUAUGCAGCUCCUCAGAUGGACAAAAGACCUCUUCCUCCUUAUGACUGUAGAUAUGCAAGCCAGCCUUUGCAAAAUACUCAGCAUGUUAUUCAGCACUCUUCUGUAGAAGUUCCUCAGAGUCAAGAAGCACAUGUAUCUGAAAUGAGGAAAGACUUUUGCAGAGGCUUUCAACAGCAAAACCUCAACGAAAACGUCAGCAUGAUUGGAAAUUUAUGUAAUGUGAAAGUAAAUACUAAUGUCAGUCAGCCUUUUAAUGACCCCAUUAGAUCUUCUGUGGAUGGUGUUCAGAUUCUUCCUCAACAUAUUCAAGAAGAAAGAGUAGAUUCUUGCAACCUAACUUCAAAUCAAGUACUCGACACAAGUUUCACAAAAGAAAAGUUGGUGAGGGAUAUUAAAACAUUAGUAGAAAUAAAAAAGAAAUUUUCUGAACUGGCAAGGAAAAUUAAAAUCAAUAAAAUUUUACUGUCAGCAGGUUGUAUUAAGACAAGUAAAAACUCUUAUGGUGAAUUAGCUCAAAAUUCCGAGCUGUCUCUGAAACAAACUGCCAAAACCCAGUCUGGACCACAGGUAAACCUAGUCACUCCAGAGACUGCAGGGGAUAAACCACCCACAGUAAUGGAAACUGCAGAAGAAACAAACAGAACACACAGUGCACUGAAUCCUAACAUUCAGGACACCCAUUGCCUAAAUUUUAACCAGGUCAAUUCCAUGUUUCUAAAUUCGGUGUGUGCGGGAAAGGUGGCAGUGCCAGACCAGUUACAUAAUUUGAACGUUACAACUUCUUUAAAGACAUCACCUGUCGAGAGUACUCAUGCAGCAUUAAAUAACACCCAGCUUUCAUCAGCAAAUGCAGUCAGUGUUGAAAAUGUGCAAACAAAUCCUGAAACAAAUUUUGUUCCCCAGUCUCUGGCCUUUGAGGAAUAUGCUUCGAAACAUCUAAAUAAAAAUAGGCUACUUCUCGGUCUCCUUGCACAUGGAGAUAAAAUUGAGAAGACGUUAGUAAAAGAUGGUUGUGAAACUAUUCAGCAUUCUAAACCACACAGUUUUGAAAUGAAAUCCAAUACCCAAGUCACUGGUAACCAGGUGAACUUGAAAACCAUGGAAACUGCAAGCCCUUGUAAUAUAAAUGGCAAGAUUUCACAAAAUGCUUUUUGCCUUGACCAUAAACCUUCACCAAAUGGAAUAACUCCGAAAAGUGACGGUCACUGUUCUAUGGAAUUGAUAACCACGUGUCUUUCUCUGUGGAAAAAGCAAUCUUCAGAACCUACAGGAAAAAAACAGUGUAAUGAGUUUACAACAAACAGAACAACAGUUGGACUCCCAAAACCUGGGGAAGUCUGUGAUAAGACGCCAGUUUCAGUUGUGGGAAAUUCUCAGAAUAAGGUGGUAAACUGCUCAGAAGUAACAGCUCUGCCAAUGGUGGUGCAAAAUUAUGAGGCUUCAGGUGCAGCUAUUACAAAGGGAACAGAACUUCAGAUUGCUGUAGUGUCACCCUUAAUUCUUUCAGAUAUGAAAACAUUGCCUGUCAAAGGAAUAACAUCUGAACCGUUACCUGAAACAGUGUAUCCAGUUAUUAAAGAAGGCAGUGUUUGUAGCUUACAGAAUCAGUUGAUAGAAAAUACAAGAGUUACUGCUGCUUUGAAAGUAAAGGAACCAGUUACAAGUACAACAAACACCAAGAUUUUCCCACUAAUUCAGAAGGAAAAGCAAAAUGCACCAACUAAUGGUGAUUCAGAAGGUACACCUAACACCAACCAAGGAAACCAUGUCAAAUCAGAACCAGAUACUCACUGUCCUGUGAGUGAUCAGCAGGCCUCAUCUAAAUCAAGGGACAGUGAUACUGUGAAUAGUGAUUUGUUGAAGAUUGACAACAUAUGUUCUCUGGUUGAAGGUGAUACAUCUUAUAAUUCCCAAAUAGCAAAGAUAUUCAACCCACCUCCUGUGAAGAAGGAUGAGCCACAGGAACCUUUACCCAAUCUCCAAGUGACCAGUAGUAGACAACAAAAAGAACAAAUAGACAACGUUCCUGAAAAUAAAGAGUUUGGUUUACAAAAAGAUAGUUUUGUACAGUACAGAGGUGUUUCACAUAAAAUACCUGAUCAAUCACAGUCACUGCAACCUCCAGAGUCGUCACUUUUGAAGAAUGUUGAAGCAAGUAGUGAAGUUAUAGAGGAAAGCAAUUUGAAGCAUAUUACUAAAAAAGAAAGCACAGCCAAAGAUACGUGUUUAUCAACUAUUCAGCAGGACGGUAACCCUCAGGAAAUCGAUGUGUCCUGCAGUUACACUGCCCAGGAUCCUGCAGCAAAUGAGAUUCUCGAUGAUAACACAUCCACCUUAUACCCACACGAUCAGCUGUCGGAGCUUUUGAAAGAGUUUCCGUAUGGUAUUGAAGCUGUGAACACAACAUGCGAAGGUUCUCUAACACAACAAAUAACAGACCGAAUCUCAAAAGAUGAGUCUUGUGAUAAAACCAGCUGUGACUCCAAAGACUCGACAGACCAAAUAAAAAUUACAAUAUUAAACUCAGAGCAAAUGAAAGAAUUAUUUCCUGAACAGAAUCAUCAGCCAUUUGAGGUAGGCAAAUUGACAGAACCUGAGAAAGAAAACCCUGUCACGAAAGAAGGGAGCCAGUGUGACCCACAAGUACGUACAGAUGGAGAAAAUUGUAAUUCUGUAAUGGCUUUCGAGAAAGAUGAUAUCCGUUGCUGUGCAUUGGGGUGGCUCUCUAUGGUUUAUGAAGGAGUACCCAAGUGCCAGUGUAAUUCCAUCAAGGACUCAACUUCAAAGGUAGAAAAAGGGAAAGAUCAGUGUUCUUUGGAGACCAACAGUUGUAAGCAAGGAGAGAGCACCUGUAAUAGAGAUGUUUCCAUAGUACUUAAUAAUCCUCCAAAUAACAGUCCGAAGACUGCUCUGUCUUUUCCGGAUGGGACAAACCAUUUUCCUGAAAUAGAACAAGGCAACAAUAUAAAAGAUAUAUCCAAAACAAAAAGCUCACGAAGAACAGAACAAGAAUUAUCCAGUCAACCUUUAUCUAAAGGUGAUACAAAACUAGAUUCCUUGGAAAGUCACAAAAGGAAAGGAAAACUGAAAUUUCAUGAGGUAACUUUUCACUCUAGUAAUAAAAUAAAAUUUCCUCGAGAGAGUUUGCAGAGAAAGCUUAUAAUACAAAACUCCGGUCUGCUAAAAGCAAAGGCAGGUUCCUUGAAAAUUAAAAGUAAAGAUCUGCAAAUGAAGAAUGGUUCUUUGAUACAUCCAAUGUUGCCAGAAAAGAGAACAUUGAAAGCAGGUGACUCUGAACAAAAAGUUUCAGGAAAAAGGCGGUCAGGUGAAGGGAGCAUGCUUCAUUCGGAGAUAAAGAGGGUGAAAUACGAUAAACAAGAGCAGGAUAAAAAUGGAGGCGGCACAUUUAAAAUAUGUAGUUCUUUGUCAAACACAGAUGGAAGAGCCAAAGUUAAAGAAAAGAUAGUAUCAGUUGUUAAGUCCUCAUGCUCUAAAGAUAGUAAAAGGGUUAUAUCACCAAAGGAGUACUUAAAAAGGCAGAAGCUUAAAGAAAUGAUGAAAGCAUCAAGGAAAAACGAUGGGGAAAAUAUACCAUGCGAUUCUCAGUACGUGAGGUCCAGUAAACUUUCUGUGCAAGUGGGGAGUUGUGGGGAAUCCCAUGAGGGACCCAGUAGCAAUGUGCAGACAUCUAAAGAGUCAUUAAGUACUUGCACAAGCCAAGUUUUGGAUAAAAAUCUCAAACCUCACCAUUCUGGUGUGUCUAAAUCAUCCCUUUCGGGGAGUGUUAAAGAAACAGUUGGUAGAAAGCAGGCUGAUAAAAUGUGGAUCGACAAAGCCAAAUUAGACAAAAAUUUAAGCAGUAUUAAUAAUGGAGUUGAACGUAGCCAGAUGUCACCCCAAGCAAAGGAGCAAAGGAAACAGUAUCUGAACAGAGUUGCAUUUAAAUGCACUGAACACCAGAGCAUUUGUCUCACAAAACUUGAGAGUUUGCCCAAGAAGUCUAAUAAAGAGAAGAGAAUGGAAAAUAAACCUAAGAAACUUUUACCUAAGAAAAACACGGAAAAACAAAGCAUGCUGGAGUUUAAAUUGUGUCCAGAUGGACUGAUUAAUAAGAAUACAAACUCCAUUGAAGUACAGAAGGAUCUACAGCCUUGUCCCAGGAAGGAGCAAGCCACUGUGCAAGUUACAGGAAUAAAAAGUACAAAAGAAGACUGGAUAAAAGGUUCACUUGAGGAGAAAAGGAUUCCAGAAGCCAACCAAGAAAUAGAUGAUAAUGGUUUGGCUAAUUCAAGAAACGCCAAGAGAACCUUCAGUGCAGAUGGAUUUGAGACACUACAAAACCCAGUAAAGGAUUCAAAGAGAAUAUUUCAGUCCUACAAAAAGAUGUACCUGGAGAAGAGAAGCAGAAGCCUUGGUAGCAGUCCUUUAAAAUAAUUUUGAGACUUCAGUUCUUCUGAUGGUUCUGUAAUUGCCGUGAACUUUUUUUGGUCAUUUUCUGUUCAGAAUACUUUGCUGGAAAUACACAGAAUUUCUAUGAUAAAAUUUCUCAGAGUUGGUUUCCAUUUAGGUUAUGUGUAUCAUUGAAAUUACUUAAAAUGGCUUGAGAAUCUUAUUUGUGGGUAGCAGAUAAAAGAAAUAGAUGGUAUUUUUCAGGGAAACCAUGAGGUAUUGUAUUUCAAAAUUAUUGAGCCAAGUAUACUAUUAUUUUAAAAGGAAUGCGUAUGCAAAUCUUAUUUUUGAAAUGCCCACUAUUCUGAGGGAGAAAUAUUCUUCAGUUAAGGACUUCAUUAUUUUAGCUGGAACUGCAAAUAUAUUUUUGUUUCUGAAACUUACUGGCAAAACUUAGUUUUCCAAUGUGCUCACUGUGAAUGUCAAAGUAUAUUCGUAAGUAUUUUAUACCUAAUUGUAAACUUUUUGUCAGAAGUCUUUUAUACUUGUUAAACUGACAGAGUUUUGAAUAAUAUUGAAACAUUACUUUUUAUACUUGAAAUAAACAUUUAUUUUUAAAAAUAUA